AUGGAAACUGUAGAAUUAGGCGAAAUGAGCGACAAAGUAGAUCCCUCCCAGGACAAAUUUCCUUUUUGCAUUGUAUGGACACCGAUACCAGUUUUAACUUGGUUAAUUCCUAUAAUUGGUCAUAUGGGCAUAGGCCUUUCCAACGGUGUUAUUAGAGACUUUGCCGGUUCAUACUAUGUAGCAGAGAAUAAUAUGGGUUUUGCAAAGCCGGUGAAGUACUGGCAACUUUCUCCAUCGUUGGCCAAAGGUGGAGCAAGCGGAUGGGAUUUGGCUGUAACAGGAGCAGCAGUUAUAUACAAAAAUAGAGCUCAUAAUUUGCUGUGUGAUAAUUGUCACUCUUUCGUAGCCACUGCUUUAGAUCUCAUGAAUUACAAGGAUUCUAGGAAAUGGAAUAUGGUAAAAUUGGCUUUUUUGAUGUUAAUUUACAGUAAAUACGUUUCUUUUACGGGUUUUUUAAAGACUUGGCUGCCGUUUUUUUUUAUAGUGACCGUUUCAGUCAUUGUUAGUUGUACUGUGAACAAUUAA